GCUAGAUACCAGAUCCUUCCUAUAGCAACCACAAGUCAACGCAACAACAUCCAUACAACCACGUGUUUUUAUUGCACUUUCCUCUUUACUCAUCUUCAUUUGUUUGCCUUAUACACUCCUUUACGUGAAGAAAGCAUAGCCUAGCUUCUGCUUUCCCCCCACACAAGUACUCUUUAUUAGCGCGUCAGCACAGACGUUUAAUCGCCGCACCACCACGCCGUCUCGUCAUCUGUUUUCUCGUGGUGUGAUAAAUAUUAUAGAGUAUACGCAUUCAACAUGAGUCUUCAAACGGCUGUGGAUAUCCCACUGCAAAUCACUUCUGAAAAUGCGGCGUCUGAGCGCCGCAUCACCCCCUCAUGGUCCAUUGCUCAGUUGAAAACUAAGCUGGAACCAGUGACGGGUGUUCCGCCAUUCGCACAGCGUCUUGCUUUGCGCGUGGCGGGCCAAGCGCCUCGUCCAAUUGAGGCAGUUGAUGAGGAGAAUACCCAGGUUGGAGAUUUUGGGUUACGAGCUUAUGCGGAGAUUUAUGUCACUGAUACUCGACCACCCGCGGCGCGGCAAAACUUCACCGACCUGUCUAGCGUAGAAAAGUACGAAAUGCCCGAAGACGAAUACAGCAAGUUGUCCAACACAGUACUGGCGUAUAAAAAAGCAAACAAACUCGGCCGAUUCGAUCCGAAUGCUUCACAACUUGAAGCUGAGCGCGCAGCAGAGCAGGACAAGAUUAUUUCAGACAAGGGCCUCACUCUCAACGCCCGCUGCCGUCUUCUUCCUCUCCCAUCCGUUCGUCUCGGGCGCAUCGCAUAUAUUGGCCCCGUACCCGAAAUCCACCCCCCCAGCACCCCUGCCAAUGUCGACAAUGCAGAGAACUUGGAUCCCUCCGGCAGCGCAUUCCAACCCAUCUGGAUCGGCGUCGUGCUUGACGAACCCACGGGCAAAAACGACGGCACGAUAGCCGACCCCAAGACGGGUGAGAAGAAACGGUACUUUGAAUGCGGCACCAACUGCGGAGCCUUUGUGAAACCCGAGCGCGUUGAGGCCGGUGAUUUCCCGCCCCUCGAUGAUUUGGGCGAUUUGGAUGAGGACAUGGAGGAGAUUUAGUCAGUCUUUGCUCUUUGGC